GAUUGGUCAAACCAGUCACAAGAUGAUGUGAAGUGAAAAAAAACUACAAAAAAACAUUGAAAGCGUCUACCAUUCAGAGCAGCAGCUGCAGCUUCAGGGAAUUUUUAACUCUUCAACAAUGAGUGAAUCACUGGUGGUGUGUGAUGUGGAUGAAGAUCUGGUUAAAAAGCUGAGGCAGUUCCGUUUCAGGAAGGAGACCAAUAAUGCGGCCAUCGUGAUGAAGAUUGAUAAAGACAAGCAGCUGGUGAUUCUUGAGGAGGAACACGAGGAUAUUUCUCCUGAUGAUCUAAAGGAUGAACUGCCUGAGAGACAGCCAAGAUUUAUCGUCUACAGUUAUAAAUACGAACAUGACGACGGACGUGUUUCCUAUCCUCUCUGCUUCAUCUUCUCCAGUCCAGUGGGUUGCAGACCAGAGCAGCAGAUGAUGUACGCAGGAAGUAAAAACAAACUGGUGCAAACCGUUGAACUGUCUAAGGUGUUUGAGAUCAGAAACACAGAGGACCUAACGGAGGAAUGGCUUAGAGAGAAACUUGGCUUCUUCGGUUAAAGUCACCUCAUCAAGUGGUCUGGGAUGUGAGGAGGAUCCAGAUUGCACUCUCCAGUGAGGA